AUGGAGUCGAGUUUUCUUGAUAAUUUUAAAAACCUAUUUGUUAAUACUGAAGAUUGAUAAGCAAACAGGUCCAGAUCAAGUUUAGAUUUUGUUAGUGGAAGGGCCCAGUUUUUAUAUAGUCUGUAUUAUUUGUUUUAGAUCCAAAUUAAUUAGAAGUUGUCGUAAUUCAACCAAUAAGAAACAAAAAAUAAGAAAUUCAAUAUGUACACACAAUUACCAUUUGAUGAAUUAAAGGUAGAUCCCACUCAAAAGAAGAGAAUAGCUUAUUUCUAUGAUGCAGAUAUAGGUAAUUACGCCUAUGGUGCAGGACAUCCUAUGAAACCACAUCGUAUAAGAAUGGCCCAUUCAUUAAUUAUGAAUUAUGGAUUAUAUAAAAAGAUGGAAAUUUAUCGUGCUAAACCAGCAACUAAACAAGAAAUGUGUCAAUUUCAUACUGAUGAAUAUAUUGAUUUUUUAAGUAGAGUUACUCCAGAUAAUUUAGAUAUGUUUUCAAAAGAACAAAUUAAAUUUAAUGUUGGAGAUGAUUGUCCAGUAUUUGAUGGAUUAUUUGAAUAUUGUGGAAUUUCUGGUGGUGGAUCUAUGGAAGGUGCUGCAAGAUUAAAUAGAGGUAAAUGUGAUAUUGCAAUUAAUUAUGCUGGUGGUUUACAUCAUGCAAAAAAAUCAGAAGCUUCAGGAUUUUGUUAUUUAAAUGAUAUUGUUCUUGGUAUAAUUGAAUUAUUAAGAUAUCAUCCUCGUGUUUUAUAUAUUGAUAUUGAUGUUCAUCAUGGUGAUGGAGUUGAAGAAGCAUUUUAUACUACUGAUAGAGUUAUGACAUGUUCAUUCCAUAAAUAUGGUGAAUUUUUCCCUGGUACUGGUGAAUUAAGAGAUAUUGGUGUAUCAAAGGGGAAAUAUUAUUCUGUUAAUGUACCAUUAAGAGAUGGUAUUGAUGAUUCAACUUAUAAAUCUAUUUUUGAACCUUUAAUAAGUAAAAUUGUUGAAUGGUAUCAACCUUCAGCUAUUGUUUUACAAUGUGGUGGUGAUUCUUUAAGUGGUGAUAGAUUAGGUUGUUUCAAUUUGUCAAUGGCAGGUCAUGCAAAUUGUAUUAACUUUGUUAAAUCAUUUAAUAUUCCAAUGAUGGUUGUUGGAGGUGGUGGUUAUACUAUGAGAAAUGUUGCAAGAACUUGGGCUUAUGAAUCAGGAUUACUUAAUAAUGUUCUUUUACCUACAGAAUUACCUUAUAAUGAAUAUUAUGAAUAUUAUGGUCCUGAUUAUAAAUUAGAUGUUAGACCUUCUAACAUGUAUAAUGCAAAUUCACCAGAAUUUUUAAAUAAGAUUUUAACUACAAUUAUAACUAAUUUAGAAAAUACUAAACAUGCACCAUCAGUUCAAAUGAAUUAUGUUCCAAAUGAUGCAGAAGAUUUAGGAGAUAUUGAAGAAGAUACUAAAGAAGCUAUUGAUACAAAAGGAGGAUCUCAACAAGCAAGAGAUGAACAAAUACAACCAGAUAAUGAAUUUUAUGAUGAAGAUGAUAAAGAUGAUGGAGAAAAAAAUAUAGAUAUACAGCAAGCACCACUUUCUGCUACUACUGAAGUUACAAAUAUAACUGAUGAUUCAACUCCUCCUUCAACUGCUGGAUCUGGUGAUAAGAAUGAAUCAAAACUUGAAGAAUCUAUAUUAACCGAUGCUGAAUUAAAGGAAAUCAAUGAACUAAAUGGAACAGAUUCAUAGUAUAAAUUCUCUUCUCCUAUCCCUUCACUUCUUGCCUAGCUAAAAUUUAUGUACUAUAUUAAUCAAAAUUGUUUUAAAUAAAUAUUCUUAAAAGUAUUCUUACUAUCGUAUAUAACUGUAGAGUCACCAGAUGGAUAUGGUGCGAAAUGACUAUUUUUCGUGGAGGAGUCAGUUAAACAUCAUCUCACUGAUAAACAAAUCAAUUAUAUA